CCUGCAGGGCGCCCAUGGGUUCUCCCACAGCCACCCCGCAGCUGCUGUACCGCAGCACCCGCCUGCUGCGCACCGCCUUCCAGCACCUCCACCAGCAGCAGCAGCGAGCCGAUGUCUUCUGUGACGCGGUCCUGUGGGCUGAAGGUGAGGCAGUGGUGGCCCACUGCAGCGUUCUCUCGGUCUGCAGCCCUUUCUUCAUGGAGCAGCUGGGCCCGGAGCUGCCCCCACAGGGUCGCAGGGUGGUGCUGGAGCUGGUGGGGCUGAAGAUCGGGGUGCUGCGCAAGCUGGUGCGCUUCUUCUACACCGCCGAGCUGGAGGUCACGCAGGAGGAGGUGCACGAGGUGCUGGCAGCUGCCCGCCGCCUCCGCAUCACAGAGCUCGAGUCGCUGCAGCUCUGGGGAGGACGCCUGGUGAGACUGGGACCCCAGCGGCAGCUCGACCGCUCCUGCCUGCAGUCCAUCCAGGAGGUCUCCACCGUGGCAGCACCUGACACAGCACAGCCCGGCAGUGCUAGCUCUAGGGUGUCCCCCCAGGGGCAGCCACGCUCUCUGGGGCGCACGCACCCCAGCCCCAUCGGGCGGAUGAGGCUGCGGAAGGUGGAGAGCCGGGGGUGCUGGGAGGUGGUGCGGGAGGUGCAGCUUCCCACUGUGCCUCCUGCAGUGCCAGCAAGCAAUGGAGGRGUGACAGAAGCACAGCCUCCCCUGUAUAUGGAUGCACGGGAGCAAGCCAGUGAGUACUCCCUGCCCCAGCAGCCCCCCAUGGCAGACGGGAUGCGGCAGGGUGGGGAGUCCCUUGUGUCCCAGCAGGGCUGUGAGCAGGCAGUGCCCUCGGUGCCCCCUGGAAUUGACCCCGAGGAGGAGGAGGAGGUGGAUGUGGGGACAGGGGAGCCRUUCCUGCCCCCUAGCACAGUCUGCCUCUGGCCUUGUCCCUCGUCCGAGUCRGAAGAGGAGGUGGAUGUCCUCACCUAGGGAGGGCCUGGCUCUGCCUCUUCCCCCACCACU